AUGCCUGCGCAGAAUGGAGACGCGCUCGGAAACAUUUUCAGCAUUUCCGCGAACAAACAUUCGCUGAAGGAUUUGCUCGCGGAGCCUGUGCGGUUCAGGAAAGCUACCUCCUCCGCGGACGGACCCGACCUUACGAAGAAGUAUACGCCCCUGAACAGACCGCCACGCACAGCUGAGGACAAGUCCAAGCCAAAUGGAGUACCUAAAGAGGAUGAGUCAGAAGGCUCGGAGCCAACCGCGGAUGAAGACGGCGGCGACGUCCUCGAAAAGCCGCAGAAAGUGCUCUUUCCCGCGAAUCAACUACCUACUACAUGGGGUUCCAGUGUCUAUCAGCCAGCACCGGGACUGGACAACCUGGGAAACACCUGUUUCUUGAACUCGGUCAUGCAGGCCAUGAUGCAUGUCCCACCACUUGCGAGGUAUUUGCUGAGCGGCGUCCAUUCUGCUGAAUGUCGGAUGAACGACUGUGUUUUCUGUGCCAUGGAGGAGCAUGCUGGCAAAUGUUAUCCCAACGGCGGAAAAGGACGUGCAAAGGCAUUUGCACCAAAGGGAAUUGUGGGAAAGCUGAGACAUAUCUCGAAGUUGUUUAGACUGGGACGUCAAGAAGAUGCUCACGAGUUCAUGCGUUGUCUUAUCGAUGCUAUGCAGAAGUCUGCUCUGCAAGGACAUAAGAAGCUUGAUCCAAGAAGUCAGGAGACGACUGUAAUUCACAGAAUCUUCGGUGGGUAUAUCCGUCAGCAGGUGCGCUGCUUGAAAUGCAAGCAUCCCUCCAAUACAUAUCAGCCGAUGCUGGACAUCUCGCUUGAUAUUGGAGGUGGAGCUGGAAACAGCAUUGAGAGUGCGCUGGCGGCAUUCGUCAAGAACGAGAAGCUUUCGGGCCGGAAUAAGUAUAAAUGUGAAAAGUGCCGAACAUUGGUCGAUGCUCUGAAGGGGUCUGUGAUCUAUCAGGCUCCCCCUGUGCUUACCCUUCACCUUAAGAGGUUCACAUUCGGCGGCGGUUUCCAGUCUUCCAAGAUCGGCAGGCAUGUUCAGUUUGGCGAAACACUUGAUAUCGCACCAUACAUGGCCCCGAACCAGGCGCAAUCCAUAUCGAAAUACAACUUGGCAGGCGUGGUUGUACACGAAGGUGGCAGCACGCGCAGUGGUCACUACAUCGGUUUCGGAAAGGGGAGCAAUGGUGUAUGGAUGGAGUUUGAUGACGCGCACUCAUCAAACGUGAGCGUAUCAACGGUGUUGAAACAGAAAGCAUAUAUCCUUGUGUAUACGAAAGGGUCCGAAAAGUCCUCAUUCAAGCCUACUACCCCAGCAAAGGUUAAUGGAACUGCUUCGACGGAUUCACCAGCAUCGGAGCGUGGUUCGGCACCGAAGAGCAAGGUGAACCCCUUCGCGAUGAACCUGGCAGCAAAGGCAGCACCAAAACGGGCUCGUGACGAAGAACUUGGAAUCCCUGUCGUCCGUGCCAAUGGGUUCUCCAAGGAAUUCAAGAAGAAUGCAUCAAAAGACUACGACAGCCGCAUCGCAAAGAAGCGAAAGAGACAAUCGGAUGCUGGUCCAGGCGGACACAUUCCGAGUCCGCCCAAAAGCAGGAAAAGUCUCGGGAUUGACAUGGGUUCAAAAGUCAAGAGAAUAGCGAUGAUGAAGGCGCGCAGGUCCUUGUGA